UUUAACUGGCUGUCGGUAGGCGAGGCAAUGCUGCUGCCUGCGAUGCGUGCGGCGAGAAAGAAAUGAGUUGCUGUUUAAACACUGAAGGUUGAGAUUAGCAAGCGAGGUUUCGGUUCUACAGCUGGCAGCUGUAGAAACGGGGUGAUCUGAGUGAAUUGGAAGGUUUCGCCCUGCAGGAGAGAAGCUGCUCUUUCCUGUGUGAGGGGGGUGUUGUGUUAGAAUAUAAACGCGUGAGGCUGAGGGGAAACCAGAAAAAAAUGUAUCUGGUGCUAAAAGUCUCUUCUCGUUGAGUUCUACAAGGUAAAUGAUGAUGCUGAGACGUGUAAUUCAGGCUGGACAUUAGGAGGAAUUCCUUCAUAGGAAAAGGUUGGACUCGAUGCUUUCAGAGUGCUUUUCCAACCUGGUUCUGUGAAGGUGUUACUGCAUCGCCAGUAAUCCCGAGGGUUCUGCCAAGUGAAGGAGCCAGUCCCAGUCCUGCAGGCUCAUAUGACUGCAUGCUGCUUAGAUCUGUUCAGAUUCACAUAGAAAUGGAAGGGAAGGUGAAGAAAGCAUGGCUCAGCGUCUGGGCUCUGCACUAUUCCUCAGCAGCAGAGAAAGGAAAGAAAACCAGCACAACUCCAAAGUAAACUUUGAAGAGUUCGAAAAAGGAAUUGAAUCAUAAAACUGUUACUGUGCCCUGUACGGCCCUUGUGUGGGUGACUUCAAAGGAGGAUGGUGGUCAAGGACACUUUGGCAAGAGUGCUUACAGCUGUGGGCUAUCUAGGAUCCGAGUAAAUAGCUCCACAGCACUUCAGGAGAGAAGAGUCCCGAGUACUGUGCUGCUUUGAAGAGUUUACAGAUUACAGUUACAGAUUACAGUUCUCAUCCAACAGGACACAUGGCUCUUUUAAAGAAAAUUAACCAGAUCUUACUGUUACUACUUGUCUUAACUGUGUGUGCUAUUCUGUAUAACAAAGUUCACCAAGUGCCCUUGGCAUUGAGAAAUGAAACAGUGGAUUUGGAGAGCCCGGGGGAAGUGGAGGAAGAAAUCCCAGUGGUGAUCUGCGCUGCUGCGGGCAGGAUGGGCGCGGCUGUGGCAGCCAUCAGCAGCAUCUACAGCAAUACAGAGGCCAAUGUUUUGUUCUACAUCAUCGGGCUGAAGACAACCAUCCCACACAUUCGAAAAUGGAUUGAAAAUUCUAAACUGAAAGAAAUAAAAUUUAAGAUAGUGGAAUUCAAUCCUAUGGUACUAAAAGGAAAAAUCAGACAAGAUGCAUCACGUCCUGAGCUACUGCAGCCUCUGAACUUCGUUCGAUUUUAUCUUCCUUUGCUUAUCCAGAAACAUGAGAAAGUAAUAUAUUUGGAUGAUGAUGUCAUUGUUCAAGGUGACAUCCAGGAACUCUACGACACUAAGUUAGCUCCUGGACAUGCAGCAGCUUUUUCAGAUGAUUGUGAUCUGCCUUCUACACAUGAAAUGGUUAGAAGUGUAGGGAUGCAGAACACAUACAUGGGAUUCCUGGACUACAGAAAGCAAGCCAUUAGAGAUCUUGGCAUCAGCCCCAGCACCUGCUCCUUUAAUCCUGGAGUAAUUGUUGCUAACAUGACUGAAUGGAAACAUCAGCGGAUUACAAAGCAGUUGGAAAAGUGGAUGCAAAGAAAUGUAGAGGAAAACCUCUAUAGCAGCACCCUUGGGGGAGGUGUGGCAACCUCCCCAAUGCUGAUUGUAUUUCAUGGAAAAUAUUCCUCUAUUAAUCCUAUGUGGCACAUAAGGCAUCUUGGUUGGAGUCCUGAUGCCCGUUACUCAGAGCAAUUUCUUCAAGAAGCUAAAUUACUUCACUGGAAUGGGAGAUACAAACCCUGGGACUACCCCAGUGUCCACACUGAUCUCUGGGAAAACUGGUUUAUUCCUGACCCUUCAGGGAAGUUCAAAUUAACUCGUCCUGACAGCUGAUACUGAAAUACUGCAUAAUGUAGUGUAUGGGAUGCAUUUAUAGUUUGAGAUGCAACAUGCUGUAUGAUUAACUGAUUUUAGAAAACAAAGUAUUUGUUAAAAAUGUGAAUAACUGACCAUCAGUUUUGUGUGUGUAUGGCAGGUGAGGGAGGCUGGAGUGACCAGUACACAGUUCAGAUUAUGCUGACUUUCAUGUAAGGUGAGGAAACCAGUUUACUUGACAGUGAAAUAUUUUCAUUACACACUUACAGAGGUGAAAUUCAGUGCCAGACAGAGUGCUUUAAUUUAAGGUGUCUCUACGUAAGAUUCCAAUGUCUUCUGGUUGGAAAAAAUCUACACAGGAGAUAGAUGCAGUGCUAUGUACAAGAAGUGUUUAGUUAUCUAACCCACAUUAAACAUCCUGAAUUGAAAA